UUGAUCCAGUUUAAACACGAAGCACAACACAUUUAUAUUUGAAUAAUGUGAAGUUAAUAAAUAAUCGAGAAGUUUCCUACACGCUUGCAGUUAUGGAAGUGACCAACGGAUUAUUGACAAGCUUUGUCCAGACCAAGUCAAUUGAAAGGAUAUUGGCUCCAAUAGCAUCGCAGAUUUCCUUGCUGAUUAUCCUUGGAGAAACCAAGACUGAUGUUUCAAUACCAAAUGACAUAGGUCCAUGUGCAUCUGCAAUGAUGAAAGCAGCAGAACACUUAAUAUCAGUAGGAAAGGAAAAGUCACAAAGCGGUGCAGAUCAGGAGUACAGUCGCCGAAUGCUGAGUGCCUGUGAAACUCUAGACCUUGCCUCCAGUGAUCUUUACCUUGCCACUCAGAGACUUGAGGGGAACAGCGCCAGAGAGGAAUGGGCCAAACUUGUCACAGCUGCUAAAGAUGUCCUCCAGGGCACUAUGAAGGUAUUACUGGUGUCUGAUGAUGCAGAGGUGCGCAGAAUUGUUUCAGCUGCUCACCUGGUAUCAGAAAAUAUCAGUCGUCUAGGGGUGGUACAGACCAUGGCAGAUCUGCUCACUUGUUUUAAGAGUUUUACGGAUGCUGCGGCCCAGCUAUGUACACAUGCAAACAAGCGGCAGAAGGACCUGUGUCAUGACAGACAGCGAGAGAAAGUGAUUACCUCAAUGGCUUUGUUAAAGAAGUCCAUACCCUCCAUGAGUGUAGCUCUACAGAGCUUUGUCAAGUAUCCCCAAAAUCCACAGGCACAGAUGAGUAAAGCUUGUGUGAUGAACCAAGUACUAGCUGCGGUACGGGACAUGGUGGAAGCUUUUGAGAAUAAAUCUACUGACGAGGAUUACCUUGACGUGGAGGAGUCUGGCUUCUUUGUGGCCAAAGUGGAUCAGAUACUUGAAGUACUGUCUGAAGAUAAUCGGGCCGAGCUACAUACUGACCUGGAGAGCUGGACAGAGAUGACCGUCAGACACAGCAUGUUGGUGGCUCACAUGUGUACAGAUAGUUUCCGUGACGUCAUCAUUAGAACAUGUCAGCGGAUUUUACAGCUGAAAUCUCAGGUCUUUAAGUUGCAUAGCAGUGUAAAAGACAAUCCAGAUAUACAAUCUAUGCAAGAUGACUUUGCUGACAUUUGUGAGAGCCUAAUGGAUGAGUUUUACGAGCUGGAGAGGAAUGUGAACUUGGCAUUACUUCACUUGAUGAUAGACAUCUUCCAGGAGACUACUGAACCGUUAGAAAGGCUCGUCAAGUCUGCUAUGUACUCCAGUGAGGCUCAGAGUCUCCAGGACCUCAGUGAAGAAUAUAUACAGGAUUUUGAAAAUCAUGCAGAUAAAAUGUGCCAAACGGCAAGAUGUGUGGCAGCAAGUUCAUCAGAUAAACGAAGAGUGCGUGUAUUGAGAACCUGUGUGUGUAGGCUGGAGAGAUUAGACCCAGAAAUGGUUCCCGGAGCGGUAACCAUGGCAAAGACGUCAUGUGACAAAAUGGCCAUUAAGCAUCUUAAAUUGUUGAUGAAAGAAUGGUCAUUUGAGGUGAAAAACUUGGUGGAGGUGCUGGAUGAAAUGACAGUCCCUGCCAUCUUCAUGCAGGUUUCUGAGUCAAAAAUAGAAGAGGAUGUGAAUGUUUGCUUAGGAUUUUUGACAGAGGAGGAUUUAGUGGGUGUGGCCUCGGCAUUGAGGGGCGUGGUCGGACGGUCUCGCCGUGUUGGCCAAUUUGCUGUUCGCAUUGUUGAUCAUAGCCAGAAUCCAUUAUAUAGGAAUGGUCUGCAAUCUUAUAUAAAACAACUACAGAGAGCCAUUAAAGGCGUGCGUGCAGCGGGAGGGAACAUCACUGUCAAUCCAUCUAACCCUCCCUACAUAGACACACUGAAGAGGCGCUUCAAGCUUUUGAUAGAUUGUGUGAAGCAGGUGAGGGCAGGGCUUACAGAUGACAAUCACCCAGAUAUUCUUAGUCCCAUCCGCCACCAGGCCAGGCAACAUAGUGAAGUUGAAGAAAAGGGCAAUUUAGGAAGAAGCAGACAUUUUGAAAGUGGGUAUGGAACUAUGGGAUUGACAGGUAAACUCCAGUUCACCACUACUACCAUGUCAUAUGACCCAGACGUUAUAAAGCGUGUACAGAGGUCGGAGGUUAUAGUACCAGCUCAUGAAGGGGAAGUGCAGACAGUUCAUACCAGGUUACAUCAACACGCGGCUCCAGCCUCACGAUCUUUUACAGAGUACCCACAUGCACGACUGUUGGGAAGAGAGAUGUGUAUGGAGGCUAUUCGAGGAGGUACACAGAGAGUGGCUGUGAUUGGUGGAGAGGUUCUUGGCUGGACCAAUCAUAUUGUUGAUGCUGCACAUGAAGUGUUGAUUCAUUGUGAGGAUGCUGAAGCCAAGCGGGUAAACAAGGCGUUGGGCUAUGAGGUGGACACUUUGACCCCUCAGAUUCUGGACAAGGCCAAAUUUGUGGCCCAUGGUGACAAGGAAGAGGCAGCCAAACUGACUGCUCUUGUUGAGGAAUGGUCAAGUAAGGUGGAAAAGCUGAGGAUAUUUGUGGAUGUGACGGUGGAACGCUGGAAGGUGAUCGCAGACAAAGUGCACAAGGCUGUGGUGGAUAGGAACGCUGAUCUACUCAGUAAACAGGUGGUGGUGCUGUACAGCCACCAGAAGGCAAUGUUAGAUAUCCUGGAGCUCGUCUCAAUGUUUGGACAGGAUCCUCAUGUCAAGGACCAAAAUAGGGUCUCAAAGCUUCUAGAAGACAAAGAUGAGCUUGAAAAUCUUACUGUAACUAUGGCAACUACAGCAGAAAUGAUAUCCUAUGCAGCAACACGAGAGGAAAAGAACCAUGUGUCAGAAUUAGGCCGGGACUGGGCAGUAAGGGUGUACAGUGUGUUGUCUGGACUGGACAGCUUGGUUGCUGAUCUUCACCAGCUUGGACGAGAGGCAGGGGUGUGGCCCUCCACAGAUGCCACGCCCACUAAGGAUGUUGAGAUUGUCAAUCACCUUCAAGUGGAGAACGACACUCUGAAAGAUCUCCUGAAUUGUGUCGCUUUAGGUGACACGAGGAUGUCCCAGGAGGCCACUGUUCUGUACCAACAUCUGAGGGUCGUACACGAGGAGGCCCGGCGUCUUUUAUCUCAGCCUCCUGGUAGUGGUGUUAUUGUCACUUUCUCUCAACAGAAAUUACGGAUCCUGUCUGCACAGUGGGUCACCAAGGCUUUAAAAUGUAUGGAACUGAUACAGACCCAGACCACACUAACUGCUGCGGGCAUCAACAAAAUCGUAGAUGCAGUGUUUUCUGCCAAAAUCUCUAAAACAGAGGCCCAAAGACAACGAAGCAUGGCUGACUGUCAGGACCAGAUUAGCUCCUUUAGUCGUGGGAUGGUCACACUUCGCCAAAAAACACUGCAGGGAAUUCAGCUAUCCACAGACGUCAGCAAGCGGUCGGCGAUCCGCAAAUCUCUGGACGAUAUUACAGGCAUAGCACCUGGACUGAUUAAUACACUGAAAAAUCUUACAGGCAGUGGCAGUGUAGAUCUGAAGGAACUGUCCCGACAACGGCUCAGAUGGGCAGCCAAGGUCCGACAGCUGGUGGUCUUACUACAACAGGUCACUGAUAUACAGCCGGCCCUGGUCAAAGAGGUCUGUCGACUCCUGAAUGUAGAGGAAGUUGGUGGAGUCACUUCCUGUGCUCCGGACUUCACAGCGACCAUUGUCAUCACUCCACAAGUUAAAGAUACUGAUAAAGAAGAGGUCAAUGAUAAAAUUACUAGCAACAACCAAUCACUGCUCAGUGUUACAGCUGCAAGUGCUCGACCUUCGGGGAUCAUGGAGGUCACAGAAACGCAAAAAGAGGAUGAUUUUAAGCCAGCCAAGGUCACAUUCCAAAAUGUUCAUGAAGAAUUGCUUCGUGUUACAAGUGAUAGGCGUGACGAGGAAACUCUAGGCCAGCUCCCCCAGCCAAAGGCGAGACAGACAUCAUCCCCAUAUAGACCCUCCAACGCUAUUCUGGCUGCCGCUAAGUAUCUUCAAAAAGAGGCAGACCAGUGGGAGGAUGAAGGCAACCCAAUUGUUCAGGUUGCCAAGGAAAUGUCAAAGCAGCUACAACACAUGAUGGAGUACAGUCAGGGAGAAGGACAAAUCACAAAUCAUAUAGAGAUGACACAGACUGCCAAAGCAGUAGCAGAGAAUGGGCAAAAAAUGAGGAAGUUUGUGAAGAUUUUAGCCAAAUAUUGUGUAGAGAAAAGGUUUGCCAAAGACCUGAUGUUUUAUGCAGAUCAGAUACCCACUGUCAGUACCCAGCUAAGUAUCAUCUCCAGUGUCCAGAUGGCCUCCCCUGAGGACAAGAACGAAAUUGUCGACUGUCCUCUCGUCUCUGCUGAACAGGCAGAUAAGAUUCUGAUACAAAAUGCACAGAACCUGAUGAAGGUCGUCACACAGACAAUCAAAGCUGCAGAGACUGUGUGUGUCAAGGGCCUGGUUAUGCCUGAAGAUGGAUCUGAAGAUGACAUCAGUGCUGUUAUUCUUGCCACACAAUGGAGGCGCAAGUUUGUCCGACACCUACAAAGAGAGGCAGACGAAGCCCCGAAGGAUACGUUGGGUCUUCGCAGGAUAGAGGAGCACAAUCCCCCCGCACUGACACAGAUUUUUACUACUUACUAACAUUCCAAAGACAUUGUUUUCCUGUAAUCAUUCACAGCUGUUGUUUUUACAAAAUCACAUUUCUAUGGCACACUGGUGUCACUGGUCACUGGUGAAGAUAUCCUGUUUCAGGGCUUUCAGCUAGCUGACUCUUGACAUGUAACAAUUUCAGAAGUCAAAUGGAUUUUUCCUUGGACAUUCAAAGGUCACUUUGGGGAGUCAACAACAUACUCUUGAGGGUCUACUGAAAGCCUACCUGUUCCUUUUUUGAUACAUGUACAUCUAUACUUGUCUGACAAAAUGCUAACCACAGUAAUUGGAAUCCAUUCUUUACUAUAUGUAUAACCAAAGUGAUACAGAUCUGAUGUACUAGCCUGUUACUUACUGCCAAAGUGAUACAGAUCUGAUGUACUAGCCUGUUACUUACUGCCAAAGUGUGAUGUAGUGUAGUCUUUCCUCUCAGUGUUUUAUAUUUUCUACACUGAAACCUACUCCUUUACACUAAAACUGAUCGGUCAGGCUGAAGCAUUUUACCAAUAUUGAAACAGAUCUCUUGUAUGAAUGAAUCCUAUAUAAUAUUUCUAUCAUCAUGGUAAUCCCUAAAUGACUGUACCGUCUGAAACACUAAAAGCUGAUUCAACAGUUGAUAGGAAGAAAAUCACUUGUUCACAUACUUUUGUGUAAUAAAGGGAUAGAAGCUUUAGUUAUAUUUUAUUUAAAAUGUUUCAUUCCCAUUAAUUUCAGAUUUUUUAUCUAAUUGCAAUAUUUUAAAUGAUAUUUGUAUUAAUACAUUUCAGUGGAAAUAGUUGAUUUGAAAGUAAUUUGUUCAUUUGAAUUGGUAAAAUUGUUUGUGUUAUUGUUUCACAUCGAUUUGUCUUUCUUUUAUGCGCUGCGAUGAAAGUGUAGUGGGGAGGUGACAGAUAGCAUUGUUUAUAUCCGUCCGUCACACAUUCAGUUGUCCUCUGUCUGCUACCUUUGGCCUUGAUUGGAGUUGGAUAAAACUUCACGCAAGGGUUCAUUACUGUAACACCCGGAAAAGAGUUCAGAAAUCAGAAAGGUCACUUUUUUAUGGACAGAAAAUGCUUGUCAUAGAUCUUCUUUCUUUCAUUUUGGAACAGAUUAGGAUUUAACUUUACUCAAGUUAUUCGCAUAUCAAGGUCCUGAGACAAAAAACAUGGUCAAUUUAGUCAUCACUGUACCAUCCUCAUUUAAAGACAAUUUUGAUGAAGUUCGACACAAAUAUUCAGUAUUACUAAACCUAGGAUAAGGUUUGAUUCAGGGUGCCAAGUCCUAAAUCUAGUUUACAAUUAGUGUAAAUAAAAGAAUGUUUGUCAUCACUCUAGCUGUUCUCAUUUUCAGUAAAAAUUCAGUAAAAAUUCACACAAAUCUUCAAUCUCAGGUUCUGAGUCCAACAUCAAGGUUGCUGUUACUUUAAAUAGUAAAUUCCCUCAUUCAUGGAAUAUUGUUAGAUGACAAGGACAUUCGGGACUCAUUUUCUGGUUUGACAUAUUCGGUAGUAUUACUGGAGAACUUGAUUUUAAAUAAACAGGCAUACUGGUAAUUAAAUUGCCUCAUUUUGAUUGAAAGAUCGUAGUGUGAGAAAUUGAAAACUUGUAAUUGAUAAGCUAAACAAAAUGAUAUCCUUUCUCUAGUCAUUUUAGUUACAUUAGUUUUCUGGAUGCCACUAGAUGCCAUGCCAUAUCAAUUUAUUUUUACUGACAUUGUGUGUAUUUGUUCUCAAUUGAUUUUUAAAAUAUACGGGUGUUAGAUAAUAUACGCAAUGCUUUUUGUAUACGAGUUUGGCAGUAAAAUGGGUGGCGGUACAUCUAGGUUAUAGUGUAUUUCUAAUGUACAUUGAUACUCAUGAACAUGUUUUUUAUUGUCUGGCCUCAGAUGUGGGUUAGAAAUACAAACAAUGUAUGUUUGUGACUCUCUGUAAUGCUGUUUGUAUUUCAUUGGACAUUUUACAUUACAAUUUAUCAUGAUCUGUACUUAAUUAUAUUGCAAUAUACCACUCUAUUGUCUUGGUGUCAACCUUAAUAUUUCCGUUUUUAGAAUAAAUUUUCAUUUUAGGUAGGGAAUUAAAAUUUUAUUUAACGCUGUUAAUAGUUUAUAAUCCGAACUAACAUUCCAUCACAAGUGUAAUUACUGUAGUAGGACGAGGAAUAGUGGUAAAGAUAGUGCCGUCGCUUGGGCUCGAACCCGCGACCCUUGGCUCUCCAGCCCGAUGCUGUACCGCUGAGCUAUAGGGAAAUUCCCUACAGCUGACACUUGUAAGGCACAGCUUUUACAUUACUGUAUACCGGGCUAUUUUUGCCACAUUUAACUUUCGCACUUUGAAAUGAGGUCAAAUUUAUCAUUAGAGUUAACAUCAAUAAACAACACGAUAAACAGUGGUCAAAUGUAAAGGGUGAAAUUAAGUCUGGGCGAAUAUAGCUUUUACUGGUGUAGUGCGCAAGUUUCUGCCUACACAUCACAUCACUUGGUUCAGAUUGUGCAUAUUUCUAGGGCCUCAACUGAUAAAACAGUGCAUUGUACAGUACAUAGUAUAUGUUGCCUGAAGGUUUGUUCUAUUAUAAUAAACAAAUGUAUGUACCCAGUAUUGACUCCAUUCAAAAUACAAAUUAAUCUUUAUGUGAUAAUCUGCUUGUUGUAUUGAUUAUUUAUUUACUUCGAUUUUAUAGAAUUGAAGGUAAUUUUUAUUUAAUGUGUCCUAUUCACUCAGAUUUACUGUAUUGCAGUCGUAUUUUUGUUGUUUUCUGUAAUAAUGUGAACUUUUAUUCUCCUUUAUGAAUUUCUUUUAUAUCAAGUCUUUACAUUUAACAGCUUUUACUGUUUACUAUAUUUUUGCUGGACAGGUGCUUAUAACUUGCAAUAAACAAUGUUUUUUUGUUGCAAUUUUACCAGGAUCUACAAUGCAUUUCUUGUAAUUUACAAACUGUCAAAAUUGUAUGAUUAAAUAUCAAGCUAUGAUGCAAUUGGAUUUAAAAAGCGAUUAAUUCAUCAUUGUCUGAACUAGAUGGUUUAAUUUGCCAUCAUAUAUCCUUAGUACUAAUUUGCAAUGUUAAUCAAGGUGAAUAAAUGGAAACAACUUA